AUCGUCAAAAUAUUGGAAACUGGGAAGCUGUUCUUCCAAUUCUGGUGUUUUGUGGCUUCUUAAAUCACCAUUUAAGUCUCUACUGCAGCUAGCCUGCCAUUUAUGAUGUCCGAAGAAGAGGAUAUGGAGUCAGGCUCGCCGACUGAGGCGGGCCCAGCGCGCGCGUUGGUCGAGAAGGGUCGCGCGGCCCGCAGACGCUUGGAUGCUGUCUUCAACGAGCUGAUGCAAGAGUGUAGACAUUCAGCCCCCGGCGCUCGCCUCUCCGCGCGUCUCCGCAAUACGCUCGAAAGGAUGCCGCCGGCGCUCCGUCGCGCGGUGGUCUCGCGCACGGCGGCGGGCUGCGCGCCGCUGUUCGUGUGCGCGCGGCGCGGGAACGCCGAGCUGGCAGAGUACUUAGUGCAUGUCUGUGACGCGCCGCUCGAGCAGCGCGGGGUUUAUGAUGCGCCUGAUGAGAGGGCCGCUCAUCAGGUCACACCGCUGUGGUGCGCGGCGGUGGCGGGGCGGCUGGGCGUGCUGCGCGUGCUGGCGGACGCGGGCGCCGACCUGGACGCCGGCUCCGACAGCGGCUCCACGCCGGUCCGGAGCGCCUGCUUCAUGACGCAUGAGUCGAUAGUGCGUGAGUUGGUCGAGCGCGGCGCCAACAUCCACAAGCCGAAUCACAACGGAGGCACCUGUCUCAUCAACUCCGUACAGAGUACUCGACUCUGCGCGUACCUGCUGUCUAAGGGUGCCCAAGUAGACGCGUGCGACCUCCAACUAAAGACAGCAUUACACUACGCGGCGCAAGAACACCGCGCGGACACGGCGCGCCUGCUGCUGGCGCACGGAGCCGACCCCGCGCGCCGCUCGCGCGCCGGCGACGACGCGCUGCGGACCGCCGCGCUCAAGGGUGCAGCCUCCAUAGUAACUCUCCUUACCUCUCGAGGCCGCUACUCGGUGGACGCUUUAGCCGACGCGUACGAGCUGCUCGGGGCGACGCAGCUGGACGAGCUCAACGAGAUCGGCAGCGCGCUUGCCAACUGGAGACAUGCUACUGCCCUGCGCCACACAGAAAGCGGCUACAUCCCGAAGCGCGGGCACCAGGUCCUGGGCGGCGGUGACGUCACAGCCGGCGCCACCGAGUGGACCACACACGAGCAGCUGGAUGCGCUAAGUGCAGACGUGGAAGCGCUGAGAGUGCAGGCUUUGUUGGUGGCAGCAAGGAUAUUGGGACCGCAUCAUAAAGAUACGGUGUUUCGGCUGAUGUAUCGAGGCGCAUCGUACGCAGACGCGUUCCGCUACCAGAACUGCAUCGACCUGUGGACGUGGGCGCUCGAGAUACGCAUCGAGAGGGACACCCUGCUGUAUACUGACACGUGGCACUGCGCAUGCGCGCUCACCCGGCUCAUGCUGGACGCGCGCGGCGGGCGGCUGGAGCGCGCGCGCGGCGUGCCCUCGCUGCGCCACGCGGCGCGCCUGUUCGCGCGCACCUCGCGCACCCUGCCCGAGGCCCGCAAAGCGCUAGACGUGCGGCCUGUGUUCAAGAAACAAGCGGAGACGUUCGACCGAGCGCUGCGCUGUGUCACCCACCUCAUAUACCUGAUGCUGGACAUCGCCUCCACGCCUGAGGAGAUUGUUGAAGUAAAAACGCAAAUCCGUGAACUGGUAGCAGCUGAUAUCCGCUCAGCUCAGACUGGAGACACUUUACUGCAUCUGUGCGUGUCGCGGCUCAACGUCAUCCGCUCCACAUACUUCGCCGACGAGAUGAACGCACCGCCCAUAUUCCCGGACGUGCGCGUGGUGCGUGCCCUCACGGAGCUCGGCGCGAGCCCGCGCACGCGCAACGAAGCAAGAUCGACCGCGCUGCACGUGGCGGCCAUACCGUAUAACUAUAAUGCUGAGCUAAUAGAGGCCCUACUAGAAGCCGGCGGUCACCUCGACCAAGUCAACCGCUUCGGAGACUCAGCGCUCAGCCUAGUCGCGUCCAGAUGCGAUUCCCGCCUCUACCCCCUACGACACACGACCCUGUGUUGUUUGGCAGCUCGAGCACUGCUAGCCAGUCCUGCACAUAGGAAUAUACCAAGAGAAGCUUUGCCUGAAACUUUACAUGAGUUUUUAGAUUUGCACCGCCCGUGAUGGAAGAGAGUUUGGUCGGGUUAUCAAGUUUCGUAGUAAAAAUAUUAGUUGAUAUUUUCAAAACGGUGACAAACUUUUGUGAAGCCGUAAUUCUUACGCUAAGAAGAAUUAAAUUAUUGUUUAUCCUACUUUACGCUAGCAGGAUAACCAAUAUUAAUUGAUGUAGCUAUAUUAUUGUUUUAUGGCACCUUUUCUGUGUAUUGAAGCACAGUAACUUCUGUCAGUAUCAAGUGUUGGAUUGAGAACUUAAAAUUUAAGGCGAUUUCAAGUUGUUUCUGUGUAGUUCAUAUGAAUUAUGUCACUUUGAAUAUUAGCGGAAGAUAAUAUAAGUCACGUGCAUCUUGGGUAAUAAGAUUAGCACAACAUUGCACAUAAUAAAUAAGUACUGCUCUUGUGGUCUCAUUUUAUCUUGCCUAAAUCUUAGAGGAAUUGGUGACCCCGACAUGAAAUCACUUUCUCAUAGUGAAUACUGUUGAAAAAAUUAAUUAUUUAAAAUCAAUGGUAUAAAGUGAUUACCUUUAGGUUUUCAGCAUUCCAGAGUAUUUUUAUUCCUAACUUAUACCUACACUAGUCAUUGUGUGCAAGAACGACACUGUUAUAUUUUUAUUGUGUUUAUUUAUGUUAUCUUGUAUUGAAAUUUGAGAGUUUGGGAAGAAGUAAAUGAAUUUCUGUAGGCAUAAA